AUGCAAUUCCUGCUUCUCUGGCUGAAGCUGUUUCUCUUCCUGGGCAGAUGGUCCCUAACUGUACACUCUCAAAGCCUAGGUCCCCCGGAAGUAACGAUUCCCUUGAAGAUUACAGACCCUGACCAGGGCACCAAGCCUUCAGACUGGAUCUCUUACAGCCUGAAGUUUGAAGGUCAGAGACACGUUGUCCAUCUAAAGGUCAUCAAGGACUUGCUGACUAGGCAUGUGCCAGUGUUCACCUACACAGACCAAGGAGCUCUCCGUGAGGACUAUCCUUUCAUCCAGGAUAACUGCUACUAUUAUGGCUAUAUGGAUGGGGACCCAACAUCUCAGGUUUCCCUAAAUACCUGUUUUGGGGGGCUCCACGGAUUUUUACACAAAAACAACUCAGUUUAUCAAGUGGAGCCCAAACUAAAUUCAACCACAUUUGAGCAUCUGGUAUCUAAGCUGGUCAGAGAGGAGAAAGAAUCCACAGCUAGGAGAUAUAAAACAACAUUUGAAGAACCGCAAUACCAGUCCGACAGUACAGAGGAUGACCAUUUGUCCACUUUAAGACAGAGCACGAAAGUCAGCUGGUGGACGCAUACACGAUACGCUCGAAUAUCAAUUAUUUUUUCUUAUGAUAUUUAUGUUGAUUAUGGUGCUAAUGUCACAGCCAUAGAGGAUUUACUUAUGCUAAUACUCAAUGAAGUAUAUGCAAAUUAUGUGCAGUUUGACAUGCAUCUGAGUUUAGUGUCACUUGAAAUUUGGACUGAAAGAAAUCUUCCAGAGGUUAAGCCUGGUGAUUCUGAUUUGAAGUCUUUCUGUAGAUGGAAGGAAAAAUAUUUCAGUGUACAAAUGCCACAUGAUUCUGCAAUUUUAAUUGGCAAAGCAGCUAAACGGGAUUUAUUAUUCUUGACUUACACAAAACAAAUAUGUGAGGCCGCUUACAAAUGUGCUUUUGUUAACCAUCAAAAAGACGAAAUGAUUUCUAAAAAUAUAUUGAAAGUUUCACAAGCAUUUGGUCAACAAUUAGGUUUGAAAGAGGAUGGUUCUAAUUGUGUAUGUGAGCAAAAAUAUUGCAUUAUGAAUUGGGCGGCAAUAGCUGCACAUCGUUUUAGCAACUGCAGUUAUGUUGACUUUUAUACACGAAGAAUACUGUGCCUGCUUCGUCUACCAGAAGAUUACAGAGAGGAACGCUGUGGGAACGGUGUGCUUGAAGCAGGAGAAGCUUGUGAUUGUGGCACUAUUGAUUCUUGUGUGGCAGAUCCGUGCUGUCAGGCUGACUGCACACUGGCUCCUGGGGCUGACUGUGCUGGGGGUCUUUGUUGCCAGAACUGCACAUUUUUACCAAGAGGAACCCUGUGUAGAAAAGAAGAAAAUGAAUGUGACCUUCCUGAGUGGUGUAAUGGGAAAAGCUCUCAGUGUCCAGAUGAUGUGUACGUACAGAGUGGGAUUUCUUGCAAAGGUAAUGGAUACUGUUAUGAGAAGAGAUGCAAAAAACGUGAAGACAAGUGUAAAAGCCUUUUUGGUGACCAGGCUAAGAGAGCAAGUCUCACAUGUUACAUAGAUGUCAAUACUCGAGGUGAUCGGUUUGGAAACUGUGGUUUCAACUUCAGUUCAUAUAGAGCGUGUCAUCAAAGAGAUUCCUUGUGUGGAAGGCUUCAGUGUGAGAAUGUGAAAACGAUUCCCGAUCUUCCACAUCAUAGUACCUUGAUUUCAACGAAUAUCAGUGGCACCAUUUGCUGGGGAAUUGACUACCACUUGGGGACCAACACAUCUAAUUCUGGUGAAGUAGAAGAUGGAACUGAAUGCGGCAAACAUCAUAUUUGUAUUAAACGCCGAUGUACCCCUAUAUCAUACUUCACAAAACGUUGCUCACCACAGAAAUGCAGAAUGCUUGGCAUCUGCAACAAUAGACAUCACUGCCACUGUAAACCUCCUUGGAGCCCACCCUAUUGUUAUGUCCAAGGUGGUGGAGGUAGUCUGGACAGCGGCCCUCCAAAUGCAAGUGAUUUUGAUGAAUCUGAAGAUUUUUCAACUGGCAGCGAAAUUGGAUCUGAAAAUUUGACACACGCUUCUUUUUAUGUUCUUCUAUUGCGUGUCAUUGUGUUUCUACUGAUUCUCCUUGUUAUAUUUAUUAAAGUAAACAUCUAA